AUGAGCUCGACCACGGCCGCUGAGCUUGACGUCCGAGCACUUGAGAAAUUGAAGGAUAUAUAUGGCGAUUUGGCACAGGUUCCAGUCCCAUCAUUUGGACGAAUCAAGCGAUCCGGGAAGAUUAUUGAAGUGACGUCCAUAUGGGAAAAUCAUGCCUUGCCUUUGAAAAAAACCACUAAGACACAGCGCUCGUCUGUGCUGGAACAUAUUGGUGACACGAAAGAACUUCGCUUAGUAUCUACAACUUCUUUACCGCUAACGAGUUUUGAGGCUCAGGCAAUCGCGUACUCGCCAAGCAACUCGAUGGUGGCUCAGAUAAUCACGAUCCCCGACGGAAAAGAUAAGAAACAGUAUUUGAGAGUAAUCGAUCAAAAUGAGCACAUUGAAGUGUUGUGCUCUGAUUUGAGCGGUCAGAAGAAGCAUGGGAUCAUUUUUGGAGGUGGCUCAGGUUUGUUCGCUGGUUGCUUUUUUUCUGUAAACUUAGUUGAGUGA